GAGCAAAUUAGAACAUCUUUUAUGAUGUUAUUUAAAAUUUUAAGUGUGCAGCACGAAGCCCGAAAAAAACAUCUCCAGAGAAGAAUAAAACGUAUGAGGAUAAGAUUGAAAAAGUUAUGCCUUCAACAGAGGAAUGAAUUACUUAUACAAUGGAGUCAAAUGAACGAUCUGAAACCACUGGCUCUUAUUUUAAGUGGUAUUCAAUAUGAAAGAAGAAUAUGGACCAAAACGAGAAGUAACGAUUUUUGGCAAAGAAUUGUAGGAGAAUAUUUUACUCUGUCAGACUGGCUGACCACUUUUCGAAUGUCGAAAGAAACUUUCACAAGGCUUUGUAAUAUUAUUCGAAAUGAACUAGAACCUAAGCCACUUUUCUUGGUAUCCAGACAGCCUUUAUCUGUCGAAAAACAGGUCGCAAUAGCUCUAUACAAAUUAGCAAGUUGUGCUGAAUAUAGAGUCGUUGGUGAUGUGAUGGGUGUUCACAAGUCAACAGUUCGAAAAUGCUUAUUUAGAGUAACCAAGGCCAUCAACAACAUCAUGAAAAAGCUCUAUUCCACAAUUAAUUGGAAGUAUUGACGGAACACAUAUCCCAAUUACUGCACCACAAGAGGGUUAUCGAGAUUUUGUAAAUAGGAAAGGCUGGACAUCAUAUAAUGUAAUGGCUGUUGUCGACCAUAAUGGAAGAUUUAGAAAUGUUGUAAUAAAACAUCCAGGGAGUGUGCACGAUGCUGCCGUAUUCAAGGACAGUAGCAUAUACAAGAAUGCGCAGACCAUUAUUCCUCAGACAUCUGAAAACAUUAAUGGUAUGGCUGUACCAUGUAUGAUUGUUGGUGACCCAGCUUAUCCUAUGUUACCUUGGCUCAUCAAAGGCUAUUCAGGCUCGUUGUCAGCAGAAGAAGAGUCUUUCAACGUGUAUUUGAAUUCUGCACGAGUUUCGGUGGAAAUGGCAUUCGGUCGGUUAAAAGCUAGAUGGAGAAUUUUAUGCAAAAAAAUGGAUUGUACUCAUACGUUUUCUCCACAAAUCAUUCUUGCUUGCUGCACGUUGCACAAUUUUGUAGAAAGUAACAACGAACGGUUCUUAAUAGAAUGGUUAGAAGAAGUGUCCAACAGUGAUAAGUCGUUUCCUCAACCAAUAGCUGUACAAAAUCGUGAUAGAGACUGCAUACCUGCUAUAACAGUGAGAAACCAUUUAAAACAGUAUUUAGCAGCCAAUUAUCCUCUGCGGAAAACUUUUAUCUCAUAGUGGAUAGCCAGUGAACUCUAUACAUACUGGAAUGAGUGAUCU